CAAAACACUGGAGAAAAAAAUGUCUAUUCAACGGAAGUGAUACUGUUCGGGGCGGAGGCAUAAAACAUUUGGGGUGAAUUACCGACUUCCUUUUUACUGUGGCCGCCAUAGCGAGUGGAGCGUGGUUCCCGGCGAGCCGAAAAGAUAUAACCGAAAAUGGCGUGUGCCCGACCCCUGAUCUCGGUUUAUUCCGAGAAAGGAGAAACCGCAGGCAAGAAUGUUGUCAUGCCUGCUGUGUUCAAGGCUCCAAUUCGCCCUGAUGUUGUGAAUUUUGUUCACACCAACAUGCGCAAGAACAGCCGCCAGCCUUACGCAGUCAGUGAACUGGCAGGUCACCAGACCAGCGCAGAGUCCUGGGGUACAGGAAGAGCUGUGGCCCGUAUCCCUCGUGUGAGAGGUGGUGGUACCCACCGCUCUGGCCAGGGUGCUUUUGGAAAUAUGUGUCGCGGCGGUCGUAUGUUCGCCCCCACCAAAACCUGGCGCCGUUGGCACCGCAGAAUUAACACAACCCAGAAGCGCUAUGCCAUCUGCUCUGCGGUGGCCGCCUCUGCCAUUCCUGCACUUGUGAUGGCCAAAGGUCAUCGUAUUGAGGAAAUCCCUGAGGUCCCACUGGUGGUAGAAGACAAAGUUGAGGGCUACAAGAAGACCAAGGAGGCCGUCCUCCUGCUGAAGAAGCUGAAAGCCUGGAAUGACAUCAAGAAGGUCUAUGCUUCUCAGCGUAUGCGUGCUGGUAAGGGUAAGAUGAGGAAUCGCAGACGGAUCCAACGCAGAGGGCCAUGUAUCAUCUACAACCAAGAUGCGGGUGUCACUAAAGCCUUUAGAAACAUCCCAGGCAUCACUCUGCAGAACGUGAACAAACUGAACCUCCUGAGGCUCGCCCCUGGUGGUCAUGUUGGCCGCUUCUGCAUCUGGACAGAGAGCGCUUUCCGCAAGUUGGACGAGCUGUAUGGCACCGGGCGUAAACCUUCUUCCCUUAAGGCCGGCUACAACCUGCCCAUGCACAAGAUGACCAACACAGACCUGAGCAGGAUCCUGAAGAGUGAGGAGAUCCAGAAAGCCCUUCGCACACCCAACAAGAAGAUCAACCGCAGAGUGCUGAAGAAGAAUCCUCUGAAGAACUUGAGGAUAAUGCUCAAACUGAACCCUUAUGCCAAGACAGCAAGACGUCAUGCCAUCCUCAAGCAUGACCCUACGAUCAAGGCCAAGAUGCUGAAGCCCAAGAAGAAGCCUGGAAAGAAGGGAGCACCUGCUAAGCCCAAGGCAUAAAUUGAUACUUACAGACUGGAGUUCAGUGAUUUAAUAAAUCAGUUCUUUCAAA